AUCUAACUAAAAAUAUUAAAACCAAUCUAAAAUUAACUUAAAAACUGAUAAUGAAUUUUAUUGGAUCUCUAAAUAUUUUAAAACCGAUUCAAACCGAACCCCACAACUGAUAUAUACAUACACUAGCAGCUAAUUUUGUAGAAGUGUUUGAUUCCAAUAUUCCACAUGGAUCCAAUUGGUUUCUUCCUUCUUCUGACAUCUCUGUUACUCAGUUACCCCUUUGUUCUCAUUGCUCAAAAUCCAUCAAAUACAACAACUAUCAGUGUUGUAGGAGUUGUUUAUUGUGAUACUUGCUCAACUGGAACUUUCUCUAAACACAGUUACUUCUUGUCAGGUGUUGAGGUUCAUAUAGAGUGCAGAUUUAGAGCGAGCUCGCCACGAAGCAACGAGCAGAUAAACUUUUCGGUGAACCGAACAACAGAUAGAAAUGGAGCAUACAAGUUAGAUAUACCAUCAGUUGAUGGAGAUAACUGUGAAAGUUCUAUGGAUGGUGGUAAUUCAGAGAUUGUAACUCUAUGUGAAGCAAGUUUGAUAGGAACAUCAUCAUCUUCUUAUUCUUGCAAUGUUCCUUUCUUAAAGAGCACAAGAAAUAGUGAGAUAUCAAAACAGGAUAAUAACCUAUGUGUAUACAGCCUAGGAAGCCUAAGUUACAAGCCACCUAUAAUCAAUGCUCCUUUAUGCUCAAAUUAAGUCUGCGCUUUCCAGAGGUAUUGUCUGUUUUAGAUAUUUUGAGAACUUUCAUGAGUUCGUCUUACUUAAAAAUACUAUUGGAGCGAAUGUGUAUUUAUAAAUAACGUGUCGAUCGUAAUUUUAAUUUUGAGAAUGUGAGAUUUUUUUAGUAAACCAGAGUAAAAUUUGUCAAAAUUCAUUUUAGCACCUCCCAUUAUUUCUUUCCUUGGAUGUCUUCCAUUCAAGUUAGGGUUAGGAGGUUAUUAUCUUCAUCUUUCUCAAUAUCCUUAUCCCAUACCACAUUCACACCCCCUUUUAUUUUAGGGGACCCCCUCACAAUGUUCUACUAGGCCAAAACCACACAUUCUCGUCUCUGAUCUAUCCUUUAUUCAUUUUCUUUUUAUUUUUUAAUUUUUUUUUAUUUUUAAUUUUGAGAUAAUUAUUUAAUAUUUAUAUAGUGAUACCCCUAGUUAGUUAAUAGCUGUGUAAAAUAUACGUCCCAUUUUAUAAAUUUUAUUUAUCAUUUUUAUUAUGAAAUGUAAUAAUGUAAUUCAUGUAUUUAUUUUAUAUAUGAUUGUUAAUAAAACAAUGCCCUUUUGUAUGCUGAUAUGAAUAUGAACGACUACGAUUUCAUCUUUUAUAUG